CCAAUUUUGUUAUGGGCUUGGCAAGAUAGAUAGGGUCCACAGAACAAAGGACCUAACCCAAAAAAAGAGAAUAAUGACGAUAUUUUCUCUUUAGGCCCCCAUAAUUCUUUUUCACCCUUUGGAUUUUACUUUUUUGCCCUUCAAUAAAAACUUCGGUUUUUACGAACCGAAUUUUUUUUGCCUUGAAAAAAAAUUCGGUUUCUGUUAACCGAAAUUUUCCUGAAUUUGAACUAGAAAAAACUUCGAUUUCUGCGAACCGGAAUUUUUAUCAAGAACAAAAUUGAAAUAUUGGAGGUAUAAAAGAUACAUGGCGCCGGAGAGAAAAUAUCUAGAAUGACCUAAAGAGGGUCCCCACCAAGUGGCACCAACCCCUACACACCAGAAAGUCCCAAACAAUUGUGGAGAACGAAAGUGUCCAAAUUGAAAUUCUAGAAAAAAUAAGAGAAGAAAAUUCCAACGCAAAACUCAAAUCUGUAAAAAGCGGUCAUUGGAAUAACUCCAAAACACAACAACACAAAGAAUUUGUCGAUAUUUUCUGUUGUAAGCUCUGUGUGAACAAAACGCAAACAGUUGAUAGGCAAAGAAACUUCCGCAAAAUUAUGAACCUUCGCACUUCUCUUCUUCCCGCCGCUUCCUCUCUUACUCUCUUUCAUGCUUAAGCUUUCUUCUACCAGACAUGCCGACUUUUACUGCAAUAGCAUUGGAUAGGUUAUUAGAAUCUGGAGCUUCCAAGCCAAGUGAUAAACCUGUUCCAGCUUCAAUGCCAAUACCGAAAUCUCAUACACUUGAGAGGACUACUAGUGCUCCAGCUUUGAAAAAGAAAGUUCCCCGUCCUCCGUUAAAGCCAUCACUUUAUACCACACCUGAGGUGAAACAACUUCCAGUUGUAGAUUCGCCUUCUUCAUUCCCACCAUCACCAUACAUUAUUAACCACAAACGUCGUGGCCCACGCCUUCAAAAGAGUGCAUCUGAGGCCAGUGUGCUAUCCAAGCAGAAUGCUUCCGGAGAUGAAAAGGUUAAUGAUAAGAGCUUUGAUACUUGUUCUGCAAGUUCAGCUGGUGAUCUCCAAUUCAGUUUUACAAACCCUGAACCGGUUGAAGAGGAGCAUGUGAAUGGUGUCUGUGGUGGGGAAUUUGAUAGAUGCAAAGGAAGCGAGCUGGUGAAUGGACACAAAGAACCCGAGAAUAGCAGCAAUACAAAUGGUUCGCUCGGGGAAAAUGGGCCUGCAUUGAAUACGGAAAGAGAUACAGAGAUUGAAGACUUCUUUGACCCUCAAGAUUCAAUGAGUUGCACAAGCAACACAGACGUGGAAGAGAAUCCUGGGACAGAUCUAUCUUUGAAAUUCAGCAGUCCUGGUGGGGAGUUUUAUGAUGCUCGGGAAGAGCUAUCAUCGGAUACUGCUUCUCAAAGUUCUGCACAUGAUGUUGAAUCUGAAUUGCGUGAAAUGAGAUUGAGUCUAUUGAUGGAAAUAGAGAAGCGGAAGCAAGCUGAGGAAUCCCUAAACAACAUGAGAAGUCAAUGGGAGAGUAUUAGGCAGGGGUUGUGUUUAGCGGGAAUUGUUUUGCCUGCAGAUCUUAAUGCUGUAGCCGAGGGUGAGCAGCUGAAUUCUGAUCCUGUGGAAGACCUAUGUCAACAACUUUAUGUUGCUAGGUUCAUAUCAAAUACUAUUGGGAGAGGAACUGUCAGAGCUGAGGUGGAGAUGGAGAUGGAAGCUCAACUAGAGUCGAAGAACUUUGAGAUUGGUCGGCUGUUGGAACGUCUUCACUGUUAUGAGACAAUGAAUCAUGAGAUGUCUCAGCGAAACCAGGAAGCAGUCGAGAUGGCACGACGCGAGAGGCAAAGAAAGCGCAGAAGGCAGAAAUGGAUUUGGGGUUCCAUUACGACUGUGAUUGCACUUGGUACUACAGCAGUAGCAUUGUCUUAUCUUCCAGUAGGCAGAGGAUUGUCCUCUGCAGAAGACCAUCUGGUUCCCGAACAUGAAGAUACAGCUAAGUAAUUCUCCCCAUAGUUUCUAACAGUGAAUCCUUGUUACUAAUAUACUUUAGGAGAAAAAAAUAAGUUAUACAUGCCACGAUGUGGUUAACUCAUCGCUUUGAUCAGUUACAAUUUUCUGGCAUCUGGAGUAUGUCCAUAAUCUAGUCUAGAUAUAUAAAAGAAUGUAUCUUUCACUGGAAACCAUUGUAGGUUAUUGUAGUGUUUUGAACCAUAUGAUAGAGCGAUAUUUCAUAGUAUCCUACGCGUUCGAGCCAGCUGUGUCACUUUGGCUGUAUGAUACAUCUGGCACAGUGUAUUAUAGCAUAUUGUUUAUGCCAUUUUUGAGCAUUUUUGUUUGAUCUA